AUGGGGUGCUCCUUCUCCGGGCUCAACGCGCUGUACGACACCGUCGGCGGCGGCGGCGGCGACAUCUGGGUCAACGACUACCGCUUCCGCGUCCUCCGCAGGCUCGGCGACGCCGGCCCCGCAGGCUCCUCCGUCUUCCUCGUCAAGGAGGUCGUCGCCGCCGCCGCGGUCUCCGACGGCACCGCCGGAGCGGGACCCGGCGCCGCAGGGCUCGCCAAGAAGAAGGGCGUCGACCCGUCACACAUCUCAGCUGAUGGGACAUAUGCUUUGAAGAAAGUUCUUAUUCAGAGCGACCAACACUUGGAGCUAGUUCGGCAGGAGAUCCGAGUGUCCUCUCAAUUCAGCCAUCCAAAUUUACUUCCACUUCUUGAAAAUGCCAUUAUUGCAGUCAAGGGUGUGCAAGAUGGGUCGCAGAACCAUGAGGCUUACUUGUUGUUCCCAGUUCACUUAGAUGGAACCUUGCAGGAUGUAACUAAAUCCAUGCAAGAAAAGAAGGAGUACCUUUCAACAAUCACCAUUCUCCAGAUAUUUCGCCAGCUAUGUGCAGGACUGAAGCAUAUGCACAGUUUUGAGCCACCAUAUGCUCACAAUGGAGUUAAACCAGACAAUGUCCUCAUAACUCAGAGGAAGGAACAGCCUCAUCUUGCUAUCUUGAUGGACUUUGAAAGUGCUCGCCCAGCAAGAAGAGCUAUUAGAUCACAAGCAGAAGCUUUGCAGCUGCAGGAAUGGGCUUCAGAGCACUGCUCUGCACAUUUCCGGGCACCUGAAUUAUGGGAGUGCCCGCCCCAUGCCGAUAUUGAUGAGAGGACAGAUGUAUGGUCUUUGGGAUGCACCCUUUAUGCUAUGAUGAGGUAUGGAAAGUCACCAUUUGAUUAUGAGCUCGAUGAAUCUGCUGGCGAAAGCUUAGUAACAGUCAUUAAAAGUGCACAGGUGAAGUGGCCUACUGAGACGGGUUCGUCCUAUCCUGACACUCUCCGCCAGUUUGUAACCUGGAUGCUGCAGCCACAUCCUGCAGUUCGUCCCAAUAUUGACGAUAUUAUCAUCCACGUUGAUAAACUCAUUGCGAAGCACUCAACUUGA